AUGCUAAUCCAAAUGGACAAGGCUUCAUACGAGUUUUCUACAGGCGGCGUCACUAUAACCUUCAGCGCCAUCAUUCUACAGUACGUGCUGAAGCUGAUUCUCGCCGCCCGGUUCACCGUGCGAGCGCAGCGGGUCAACGGCUACAUCUUUGGCGCGGCGUGGUGGGGCUUUGCGCUGAACUUCAUCGCAUACAUAAUUGCUGCUCAUGUCUUCGGCUCCCUCUGGUACCUGCUGGCGUCUGAGCGAGUGGCCACGUGCUUCCAGACGCUGUGCCAGCAGGUCCCCACGUCUGUCUGCAACCCCAAUUACGUGACGUGCCCCGAAGCAUACGAGACAACGACUUCCCAAGUGAGCCCUGCAUGGGCGGCGUGGGGCAGCAAUGCUACCCUCGAGACGACGUGCUUCGAAGGCGAUGGCACGUUCAACUUUGGCAUCUACCACAUGGCACUUCAACUCAUGAAGGAUGGGUCUGCUGUCGCCAAGAUCUUCUACGGCCUCUUCUUCGGCAUCAUGACUCUCAGCACCAACUUGGGCAUCUACAGCAUGGCGCUGCAACUCAUGAAGGAUGGGUCUGCUGUCGCCAAGAUCUUCUACGGCCUCUUCUUCGGCAUCAUGACUCUCAGCUCCUUUGGAAACGCCCUCGUCCCCAGCACCAACUUUGUGGAAACCACCUUCGCGGUCAUCAUGGUGCUGUCAGGUCUCAUGCUCUUCACUCUGCUCAUCGGGAACAUUCAGGUAUGUGUGUUGUGCUAA